AUGGCAUCUACUACAACUACAAUUCUACCAAAAGAUCAUAUCAAAUUAAGAUCAACUAUACAUCAAAAACUUAUAGAAUCAGGAGAAAAAGAAAGAUUAAAGGUUUUAUUAAAGAGUAAAUUAGUUGAAGGUGGUUGGAGAGAUGAAGUAAAAAUUGCAUGUCGUGAAUAUAUUAAAAAUAAUCAAAAUGAAAACUUUAAAAUUGAAGAUUUAAUUGCACUCAUAACACCAAUUGCUAAAAAAAAAGUACCACCACAAGUUAAAGCAGAUUUAAUUAAGAGAAUUAGAAAAUUUUUAGGCCCAAAUAUUCAAAAUCAUCAUCAUCAUCAUAUCCAUAUUCAAUCAAAUACACCAAAUUCUCCUCAUCAUUAA